AUGUUUGGAGUCAGGUAUGAUCCAGAAGAAGAGCAUAGAAAUGCAACCAGCCUGAAUCAAAAGAGAAAAAGGGAUGUGGAUCUGGACUCAAGUGAAAGUGAAAGUGAAAGUGAAAGCGAAAAUGAACGGGAUGAGGGGGAUGAGGCAAGCGAGCUUAGCGAAAGAGAUGAUAAUCAGGAAGACAACAGUGCAAAUAAUGAAAGUCAUAAUGAUACAAUCGAUAAAGAGGAGACAAGCAUUGGCUUUCAUGCUGAUUCAGAUGUGGACGAGGAUGUGGAGAUGGAGACUGCAGAGCCCAAUGUCGAUCCUCUGUAUGAAUCUAAGCAUCAGUCAGUAUUCAACAAAUUCAAGCAGUCAAUAAAUACAGUAGAGCACCAGGAUACUGUUUCUGACGGCGAAGCGGAGUUCGCAGAUGCUCAAGAUCUCAUACCGCUUCCCCAACCACAAUUGCCUCGUGAUAGAAAGCUCACAUCGACAUCACAAUUUUCCAAGAAUUUGGAUUGGUUGACAACACCACAAUAUGUCACUCCAGACGAAAAGCACUCUUUCCUGGACCUUGGGCUUGAUGAGGUGGUGUUGAAUAAUCUUGCCUCACUCGGGUAUGCCGAAGCAUUUGCCGUGCAAGUAAAUGUCCUCAAGAUGAUGUUGCCAGAAAUUAGGGCCAACAAGAAGCGACCGGACGCUUUUGGAGACAUAUUGGUCAAUGCUUCAACCGGUUCUGGUAAAACUUUGGCAUAUUCUAUUCCACUUAUUCAAGCAUUGCACAAUAGAAUUGUUCCUCGAGUCAGAGCUAUUAUUUUGGUACCAACCAAACCAUUGAUCAAUCAAGUGAAAACAACCAUGUUGCAACUAUCACAGGGCACCAGUUUAUCCGUAGUGGGAUUGAAAAACGAUGUAUCGAUCGCAGAGGAGAGUGAAAAGUUGAAAGUAUCGGUCCCAGAUAUUGUGAUAAGUACGCCGGGGAGAUUGGUCGAGCAUCUAAACUUGGGUUCAAUCAGUCUAUCGAGCUUGAGAUUCCUUGUAAUUGACGAAGCUGACAGACUUUUAAAUCAGUCAUUUCAAAACUGGUCGCUGGUUCUCACUAACAAACUCGACGAGCAGCAACAUUAUGACAUAUCAGAAAAAUGGAGCUUAAAAGUGCAAAAAUUGGUCUUUUCUGCAACAUUGUCCACUGAUGCCGGGAAGUUAUCCACUCUUAAAUUUCACAAGCCACGACUUAUUAUUGUCAAUGACACGCGGCAGUUGGUCAAUGAAAUGUUUAGCGUGCCUUCAUCGUUGUCUGAAUAUAUUAUUCAAUUGGGGGUUGCCAAAAAUUCUAUAAAACCUUUGAUACUUGCAAAAUUCCUAGUUUCACAAAACAAACUUACCAACGUGCUAGUAUUCACCAAGUCAAACGAAUCCUGUAUCAGGUUGGCAAAACUCUUGCAGCUCAUUUUGGAUGCACUUUCCCUACUGGUUAAUGUGGAAUUUAUAAAUUCCACCAACAACAGAACGUCAGUACGAGCUCGUAUUUUGAAAGAAUUUUCCAAUCAAAAGAUAAAUCUACUAGUAGCUACAGACUUGAUUGCCAGGGGUAUAGAUUUGACUACAAUCACCGAUGUCAUUAAUUACGACUUACCCAAUUCGUCCCGAGAGUACGUCCAUAGAGUUGGUCGUACUGCUAGGGCAAAAAAUUCUGGUAACGCUUACAAUUUUGUAUUUGGAAAGGGGGAGCAAAAGUGGUUCAAUACGUUUUCGAAAGAUAUUGGUCGUGGUGAUAAGGAAGUUGAACCUUUUGAGUUAAAGGUGGGUGAUAUUAUCACUGAAAAUGAUGAGGAAGUCUAUCAAAAAGCAUUGUCCAAUUUGCAACAACAAGCAAGAAUGUGA